AUGCACACAUGCAAGAGAAAUUAUUCCGAAUUAAGCUUAGGAUUUUUAGGACUUUCGUCUUUUGCCAGCUCUUUCCUCCACCUUAAAAUAAAUAUACAUAUAUACUGUUUGGGCUUCCCUGGUAGUUCAAUUGGUAAAGAAUCCACCUGCAAUGCAAGAAUGAAAGUGUUAUUCACCAAGCAGUGUUCAAUUCUUUGUGAUCCCGUGAACUGUAACCCAACAGGCUCCUCUGUCCAUGGGAUUCUCCAGGCAAGAAUACUGGAGUGGGUUGCCAUUCCCUUCUCCAGGGGAAUCUUCCCAACUCAGGGAUUGAACCUGGGUCUCCUGCAUUGCAGGCAGAUACUUUAG